AUGGUCUCCCUCAGCCUGCGCACCACCGUCGUCGCGCUCGCAUGCGUGUCCGGCACGCUCGGCGCGGCCAUUCAGACGCCGCACAUUGCGCUCCCCCCGACGCGGGGAAGAACCGGGACGGCGCAGUUCGCGUUCCCGCACGACGACCUCACCCCCAUCUCCGAGAGCUGGACGGACGGCCGGAACGGCUGGGGCGCGUCGGUCGUCGACGCGCUCACGACGAUGUUCGUCAUGGGCGAGACCGAGCUGUUCGAGGAGGCGGUCGACUUCACGAGCAAGAUCGACUUCACGAUCUCGCACACGGGCGAUACCGCCAGCGUGUUCGAGUCGACGAUUCGCUAUCUCGGCGCGAUGCUGAGCGCGUACGAGCUCAGUGGCGAGAAGUACCCCGCGCUGAUCAACCAGUCCGUCGUGCUCGCCAACAAGCUGAGCGCCGCGUGGUCGAAGGGGAACGUUAUCCCCUACGGCCAGGUCAACAUCAACAGCACCACGCCCACCAUCCAGACUUCCAACAUCGCGGAAGCGGGUACUCUCACGCUCGAAUGGUCCCGCCUUGCCAAACACACGGGCAAUGAUACCUACCGAGCCCUUGCCGAGAACUCAGUGCGCCAGAUGAUCAGCAACCCGGCGCCUAUACCUGGCUUCCCGGCACAAGGGAUUGACCCUUCGACUGGAAAGCCUGUGGGGGCCUACGUCACGUGGGGCGGAGGCUCUGACAGCUACCUCGAGUACCUGAUCAAGUACGCCCGCUUGACGAACACGGACGAUCAGGUCUUCACCGACACCUGGGCAACCGCGGUCGACUCCUCGAUCCACACCCUCCUCCGCAAGUCUACCGUCGGCGGCUGGUCGUACCUCGCCGACCGCGACGACUCGGGCACGAUCCGGCACAUCGGCUCCCACCUCGCGUGCUUCAUGGCCGGGAACUGGAUCAUGGGCGGCAAGAUGAUGAACAACGACACGAUCGUCAACAUCGGCCUCGACCUCAACGAGGGCUGCUGGAACACGUACGCGUCGACGGCGACCGGGAUCGGCCCCGAGGCGUUCGGUUACUUCUCCUCUGACGGCAACUACACCGGCUCCAACCCGUCCGAGGGCGACAUCGCGUUCUACGACCGCAACGGGUUCUUCAUCCUUCCCGGGUCCGAGUACUACUACAUGCGCCCGGAGGUGCUCGAAAGCAACUUCUACGCCUUCCGCUCGACGGGCGACCUCAAGUACUACCAGCGCGCCGUCGACGCGCUCAAGAGCUUCGGGACCUACCUCAAGACGCCGACGGUCGCGUACGCGCCGAUCAACGACGUCGACGCGACGGACAGCGACUUUAUCGACGACAUGGAGAGCUUCUGGUUCGCGGAGGUGCUCAAGUACCUCUACCUCACGUUCGACGACCCCAACGCUAUCUCGCUUGACAACUUCGUAUUCAACACCGAGGCGCACCCGUACGUCGCGCCCGCCGCACAGCCGUCGUACGGCUCUGGCAAGGCACCCAAGUCGAACGAGCCCUUCAAGCUCGUCUCGGGCCCGCUCCCUGCGGUCAGCUUCGCGCCCUUGGUCCCGGUCAAGGAGCCGAACUAG